AUGAAGAUCCUUCAAUUAUUACUUGGAUAUUACUCAAAUCGUACUCCUUUUUAUUUAUAUCAAAUACCUGACUCGACCAUCUUGUUAUUCAAACUUAAAGAUAUUACAACCUUAUUCAAUGUCGCCGAUCUUGCUUGUCAUCCAUCUUUAAAUCAAGUUCCUCAUGGUGAAUGUUAUACCAGUAACUCACAGCAACAAGAAGAAGACAAUACUAACAAUACAACUCAACACUACUAUAUCAGUGCUCAAGUUCUUGCUCGAACAGCUGUUGCUCUCAAUCGUUACCGUCUGGCCGAAUUGUGCAAACUGAAACCGAACGAUUAUGCUGCUGGACUUGCUGAUAGUAUUUUAAAGAAUAUCCCAUCCUUUGAACGUACUCAAAAUGAAACCUUUCAACUAAUGGAUAUGCCAAUGUCUCCUGUCAUCUCUCCUGUCCCAUCUCCCUUACAACAACGCUCAAUUCAACACUCUACAACUUCCCUAACUACUACUACCACUAUUACUUCAUCUUCUUCAACAAAUACCAAUAGCACAACAAAUGGUAUCCAACAAAACCUCACCUUAUCACCUCAAGUCAAUCCCGUAAAAUCGGAACCUUUAUCACCACCUCCAUUACGACUUUCUCAACCAAAAGAAAACAAAGAUGACCAACGCCCUGUCAAUCCAAUGGCUUUGGGAAAAGUAUUAUGUUCUCAACACUCAUAUCCAAACGUCAUGAACAAUCUUUCCAAUGGUCAAGGACAAACAUUAUUAGCAAAACGACAAGGAAAAAACUCUAGACAUUUGACCAUUUUUGCCCCAUCGUAUGCUGAUCCAUUAUCUGUGUCCAUUCGUUCUGCCCCAUUGAAUUCCAACUUUCCCCAAGCUCCAUUAUUAUCACCUCGUGCUGCACCUGUACUUUCAACUCAUCAACAUCAUCAACAUCAUCAUCAUCAUCAUCAAGAACCUAAAACAACUGGCGGUACAUUUGGGAAACAAGAAUUUGCCAUUCCACCCAUUGUUCCUUCUCAACAACAACCACCUCACACGGCCCAUCCUCAUCACAGUACGGGUAAUGGAAAUCAUGGUUAUGCGUCUUCUCCGUCGUUAUUUGGUCGACCUACUUCAUCAUCACAUCACGCCUAUUCAAAAUCAUCCCCAGCAGCAGCACCCAUGCCACCACAAACACCUACGACUUACUCAUUUGCAGCUUUACAACGACAACAAUUCUUACAACCUUUCGAACAUUUAUUUGAUACCAUUGAAACAACGAGGACAUUGAAAAGCACUUUAGAUGAUCAAAUUCGACGAUCAUCGACAUUACUGCAGACAUUACAAGCAUCAUCAACUACAGUGGAAGGAUUGAUAAGAAGUCAAAUCAGAGAAAUGCAAAAAGAAAUGACAGGAAGACUGGAUGAAAUUUUGGAGUCGAUGAUGAAACGUAUUGGUCAAUUGGAAUCAAAAUUGGAUGUCACAGCAACUACAGAAUCAUCUAUUACCAAUGGAAUGACAACAGCACCACUAAGGUCACCUACAACCAUUGUCAGAUCUCAAAAUGAUAUUGGACCAAGUGAAUAUCAAUCCAUGUUAAAUACUUUACUUGAACGUAUAGAUCGAUUGGAAAGUCAAUUGGACAAAUGAUCUCUUUUUUUUUUUUCUUAUUCCUCUAGUUAUAUGCCCGUUUUCCUUCCCUUGAUUUUUUUUUUACCCUUACUAUUUAUUGUUUCUCUCUCUUUUUUCUUUUUUUUUCUUAGUUUAGUUUGAUUCAUUUUUCUUUUUCUCUCUUUUUCUUAUAUUAUAUUACCAUAAUAAAAAACGUUCAAUAUCGGGGAAAUCCCUUUUUUUUUUCCCACUUGUCCCACGCUUUAAGCAUUAAAAAAAAAGGUUUCACUAUUUCUUUUUUUUUCUCACACAACACAAC